GGCAGAUAUGAUGGCUCCUUGGUCGCUGCUCCUUAUUGGUCUCGCCUUAACGGCAAGUGUCGGCGGUCUGGAGUCGUACGAGGAAUCGCCUACGGUGGAGAUCCCCCAGGGCACUCUCCGGGGAGCGGUAAACUCCACGGCCGAUGGCACCAAGUACUUCAAGUUCCUUGGCAUUCCCUACGCCAAGCCACCUGUGGGCAACCUUAGAUUUGCGGCACCGCAAGACCCGGAGUCUUGGUCCGGAGUGAGGGAAGCCACUAGUUUCAGGUCAAACUGUGUCGAUCGUGAUGGCAACGGCGCCGAGGACUGCCUCUUCAUAAACGUCUACACUCCGCAGCUACCAAUGAGAAGUGAGGUGUCUCUUCUACCAGUCAUGGUUUACAUCCACGGCGGGGCGUUUACGACUGGCUCAGGCAACCGCUCACCAGGACAGUUGCUCAACUACGGAGUGGUGGUGGUCUCAGUCAUCUACCGCCUCAGCGUGUUUGGAUUCCUAAGUCUUAACGGGACGGACGCCCCUGGAAACGCAGGGUUGAAGGACCAGGCCGCUGCCUUGCGGUGGGUGCAGAAGAACAUCGCGAAGUUCGGCGGCGACCCGAAAAAUGUCACCAUAUUUGGAGAGAGCGCGGGUGGCGCCAGCGUCCAUUACCAUAUUUUAUCUCCUCUGUCCAAAGGUCUUUUUCACAGGGCGAUCUCAGAGAGUGGUUCCGCCCGAGACCCCUGGGCAUACGUCAAGAACACAGAAGAGCGCGCCUACCGCUUGGGUACGAUACUUGGGGUGAAACCCAACAGCUCUACGGACCUCCUCCAACACUUGAGAUCCUUGUCUGUCAGUCAGCUUACAAGUGGAGUUACUAAAGUGUUGACUGCGGAGGAAAGCGUGCGACCGAUCUCGUAUCCAUUCGUACCAUCGCUGGAGUUCCCGAGGAGCGGGGAGCAGCCAUUCCUGCCGCACGAGCCAGCCUACAUCGAGCAGCACGGUCUGUUCAACCAAGUGCCGUACAUCACCGGCGUGACCAAGAGAGAAGCAGGGUACUACGUCACGCCAGAAAUUAUAUCACAAGCUUCCUACUGGCAGGGCAUCAACGAUGACUUGGAGCAGGUGGUGCCCCUUCCCCUCGGCCUCGCCAAAGGUUCCCAGAAGUCUAAGGAAGUGGCUCAGAAGGUGAAGAGCUUCUACUUCGGCAACAAGACAAUCUCGAGAGAGACGAGCGAGCAGUGGAUAGCACUCCAGACGGACCUUUUAUUCGUGACGGGCGUCAUGCAGACGAUGCGCUGCCUUGCCAAGCACUCGAACAAACCCAUCUACAACUACCAGUUCGUUUAUGGCGUGGCCACCCAUGCAAUGGAAUACCAGUUCGUCGUCUACGACGGCAAGAUGCAAGGUGAGAACUCCAGUGCUGUGAAGCUAGCGAGACUGCUAGGGAGUCUCUGGACGAGCUUCGCCAGGACGGGAGCGCCUAGUGUGGAGGGUGGCGUGGAAUGGAAGCCGGUCACCCAGCGAGGCAGCUCGCCGUACCUGAAGAUAGAUAUCUCCCUUUCUUUGGAGUUUAAUCUGGAAGAGGACCGCGUGCAUUUCUGGGACGAAAUUUACAAAGAAUAUCUGAAUACAAACUCCUCUUUUCAAAGAUUACCAUUCGCUGACAAGAUGGCGACUUGGUCUCUUCUCCUCUUCAGCCUUUUUGCCGUAUCGACCGGAGUCGGCGGUCAGCAGUCUUUCGAUGACUCGCCGACGGUGAAGCUGCCCCAGGGCACUCUCCGGGGGGGUUCCACCGAGACUGCAGACGGCACCAAGUACUACAGGUUCCUCGGCAUCCCUUACGCCAGGCCGCCGGUGGGGAACCUCCGAUUUGCGGCUCCAAAAGAUCCGGAGCCGUGGUCCGGAGUGAGAAACGCAACACAGUAUGGGGACAAUUGUGCCUAUAGUGGAACCGGAUCCGAAGACUGUCUUUACGUGGACGUCUUCACUCCUCAGCUGCCGACGAGCCGGGGCGAGGCCUCGCUCCUGCCGGUCAUGGUCUACAUCCACGGCGGAGGGUUCGUGGGCGGCACUGCGCGCCUGUCGCCCGGACAGCUGCUCAACUACGGACUGGUGGUGGUCCAGCCCAACUACCGCCUCGGCGUGUUCGGUUUCCUGAGCGUCAACGGGACGGACGCCCCUGGAAACGCAGGGUUGAAGGACCAGUCCGCUGCCUUGCGGUGGGUGCAGAAGAACAUCGCGAAGUUCGGCGGGGACCCGAACAACGUCACAAUCUUUGGAAUGAGCGCAGGGGGCGCCAGCAUUCACUACCACAUUCUAUCGCCGAUGUCCAAAGGACUGUUCCACAGAGCGAUAUCCGAGAGUGGUUCUGCCUUGAACCCUUGGGCAUUCAUCAGGAACACAGAAGCCCGUGCGUACCGCCUGGGUGCAAUGCUCGGGUCUGAAACCAAUAACGCUACAGCACUCCUUCAAACCCUGAGAGCAGCAUCCACUAGUGAGCUCACAAGCACACUCGCCAAGAUUUUGACAGCGGAGGAAACAGUGAGAUCACUCUCGUAUCCCUUCGUACCAUCGCUGGAGUUCCCGAGGAGCGGGGAGCAGCCAUUCCUGCCGCACGAGCCGGCCUACAUCGAGCAGCACGGUCUGUUCAACCAAGUGCCGUACAUCGCCGGCGUGACCAAGAGGGAAUCUGCCUCCUUCGUCACCGAGAAGAUGAUGUCACAAGCUUCCUACUGGCAGGGCAUCAACAACGACCUGGAGCAGGUGGUGCCCGUCGCUCUGGGCCUCGCUAAAGGUUCCCAGAAUUCUAAGGAAGUGGCGCAGAAGGUGAAGAGCUUCUACUUUGGGAAUAAGGCCAUUUCGUACGAGAACCGCGAGCUGUGGAUAUCGCUGCAGACCGAUCUGAGUUUCGUCAGGGGUGUCACUCAGACGGUACACACACACGCUAAACACUCAGCAUGCCACACCUACAACUACCAGUUCGUGUACGGCAAUGCCACCCAUGGCAUGGAGAAGCAGUUUGUUGUCUACGACGGGAAGAUGCUUGGAGAGAACUCUGAUGAAGUGAAGCUCGCGAGGAUUCUGGGAGGACUGUGGACGAGCUUCGCCAAAACAGGGGUGCCCAGUGUGGAGGGAGUGGCGGCAUGGAAACCAGUGACGUCAAAUGGCAGCUACCCCUACCUUGAGAUUAGUCUCUCUCCGAUACUCAAGUAUAACUUGGAGAAGGAGCAUAUGGACUUCUGGGAUAAUAUUUACAAGGAAUACAGCAACACAACUUAUAUUUUGAUAAAUUAGUGAAGGGAAAUAAAUGUAAAUCGCGACAAACUCGUGAAGAUGAAGAUAUAAAGCAAAUACUUUAGUAUUUUAUCAAAAUAUUAAUAUGGAAAAACUUUUUUUUUAGUGAAUUAUUGCCAUAUGGCUCCAAAAAUGUAAGAAAGAGUAGGUAUAAUUUAAACAUAUUUUUAUUGUGCUUUGUGUAUUGAAUAUUUCAUGAUUAUAUUUAAAUACUAUUGAACCAUAAAUGUUUAUAAAAUAUUGCA